GUCAUUCGCAACGUCACCCGAAAAUUCCAUGAUGCCAUCGUCAAAUGUGAAGUACAGAAUACAGUGGGAAGGAGUGAAGAUAGUGAAACGCUGGAUAUAAGCUAUGCUCCCAGCUUUCGUCAGCGUCCACAAUCUAUCGAAGCAGACUCAGGCACUUUGGUGACACUAGGUUGCGAAGUGGACGGCAAUCCCACGCCGGAUAUUGUAUGGAUACAACAUCCCAGUGAUAGGGUUGUUGGCAUCAAUUCCAAUCUCACCUUUACCGUUAGUAACGAGACAGCCGGACGUUAUUAUUGCAAGGCCAACGUGCCAGGCUAUAAAGAAAUCAUUAGCGAUGCAUACGUCUACCUGAAGGGCUCGCCCACUAUUUACUCAUCACCCUAUCAAUUUAGUUGGGUGGGCGAUACGGCGCGCAUUGAAUGUUCGGCCACUUCAGUGCCACGUGCACGUCACGUCUCUUGGACAUUUAAUGGUCAUGAAAUCAGCACAGAAUAUGGACACGACUAUUCAAUAUUGGUUGAUCCGGUGCCAGGUGGUGUGAAGUCGACACUGAUCAUUCGUGACAGUCAAGCGUAUCAUUAUGGCAAAUACAAUUGCACUGUGGUGAAUGAUUAUGGCAACGAUGUGUUGGAAAUCAAUUUGCAGGCGCAAAAAGCCAUCUCGCCCAUGAUGAUCAUCAUUGGUGGCACUUCAGUCGUUGGCUGUGCCAUGGUGCUCAUCAUAAUCAUCAUUGUCUAUUUCAAGUGCAAGAAACGCACCAAACUUCCACCAGCCGAUGUAAUUAGCGAACACCAGAUCAGUAAAAAUGGUGGCGUAGCUUGUAAAAUGGAGGCUGGCGAUCGUACUUCCAACUACAGUGACCUCAAAGUGGACAUCUCCGGUGGCUAUGUACCCUACGGCGAUUACUCCACACACUACAGUCCGCCACCACAAUAUCUCACCACUUGCUCCACCAAAUCGAAUGGCAGUUCAACAAUACUCCAAAAUAAUCAUCAUAAUCACAUACAACAACAACAUAUGCAACAAAGUCUACAACAACAUCACCAACAACGAACACCACCACCACAAUCUGUGCCAAUGACUUACCUAUCGAACGGCAGUGCGAGUGGCAGUCUGACGAGUAGUAGUAUUGUCGGUUCACGUGAAAUACGGCAGGAUAAUGGCUUGCCAAGUUUACAAUCGACCACAGCCUCUGUGGUUAGUUCGUCGCCGAACGGAAGUUGUAGUAAUCAGAGCACAGCGACGCAUGUCAUCUCCAGUUCGGUGGCGAUGAGUGUGGAUCCACGUUAUAGCGCCAUUUAUGGCAAUCCCUACUUAAGAUCGUCGAACUCGUCGUUGCUGCCGCCACCCACUGCGGUUUAGGAGGUGAAAAGUGUAAUUUAGCGAGGCGAUGAUGACGAUGAUGAUGGUGUAAAUGCAUAAAUAGUCGCGUAGAAUUCAAAGACUGAUCUCAAGAGCAUUCAACUUCGUUUAAUCAGACGCGUUGGCCGACGACAUACCCGCUGGAGAGCCAGGUAAGGGUUGGGGUAUUUUAAGCUUAUAAACAUCUUUAUGUACGUAUGUAUGUAUUUGUAUUGUGAACACCCUAUGCUGUUUA